AUGGUAGACAGCAACAAGGACCUCCUCGCUAAGGCGCAGGAAUACUCGACAAACAAUGUCGAUCUCUACGAGCUACUCCAAAUCGAAGCGUCCGCGAAGGACGAGAAGGAAAUCCAGCGCGCGUGGCGCAAACAGUCCCUCAAGUACCAUCCCGACAAGACCAAGGACGCAUUCGACCCCGAGAAGUGGGAGCUCAUCGAGAACGCCCGCGACAUCCUCCUAGACACCGCUGCCCGCGCUGCGUACGACAAUGCGCGCAAGGCGGCCCUCCUGCGCAAGGCUGAGCGCCAGCGCGUGGAGGGGGCCCGCAAGCGCGUCAUCGACGAGCUCGAGGCCGCUGAGCAGGAGGCCAAGAGGCAGCGUCUCGACAAGGAAGAGCGCGAACGGGAGAUGGAGCGCGAGAAGGCCCGGCUUCGUGCGGAGGGCCAGCGGCGAAUGGCCGAGGAGGCCGAACGAUUCAAGAAGGAGCAGCUGGAGCGCAUGGAGAGGGAAAGAGAGCCGGACGAAUACGAUGAGAAGCUGGCGGAGCUGCAGAGGCAACUGGACGAGAAGAGGCGGCUGAAGGCUGAGAAGAAGGCUCGGAAGAAGGGCAAGGCAGACGGCGCCCCGACUCCCGACCCUGCGCCUGCGCCAGCACCAGCACCCGCUGCUCCUCGAGCACCGCCCAAAUGGGAAGAUCUCAAGGCGCGCAUGUUGGAAGCUCAGAGGCGAAAGGAAGCCAUGAAGGCAGCGGAGGCCACAAAUACACCACCCGGGACGGAUACGUCAACGAAAGCGGCGGAGGGAGAGGCGGCGACGGCUUGA